AUGUAUGACGACAUUUAGUCAUGAAAAACUUUAUGUGUUUUUACUAUUAGCGCUCUCAAUGAACGCACCGCGUAAUCUAAUACCUUAACGUUCCCAUAUGAAACCCGAGGUCCACGCGGUAAACAGAAGUUAAUCUGUGAACGCAUGAGUCUAUCGUGUUGACUCGGAAGCCUAAUUUCAUCGUCAGGGCGACAUUUAUCCCCCUGUGACAUACGAUACAGGACCUAGAUAGCCUAGGCUACGUGUUUAAUCUUUACUUCAAUACGGGUAUAAUCUUUCAGCCGGAGAUGAAAUAUUACACUAAUAUUUAACCAAUACGACCGCCAUGGUUACACAGACGCCUCUUAAGCUGUCAUUUCUUUGGAUAAUCGUGGUCGCAGGAAGGGGGCAAAAAUGGAUCUAACACCGGCAAAAGAAUGAAAUACGCUACGCACACAAACAUCGCUUAUUGUGUUCUAUAACAUAUAAUUGGAUUUAAGCUUUGUCAGCGUUUGGAUUUUCAGUCCUGGUUAUCCCACGGUGUCAGCAACCAUGCACUUGUACAUGUAUCAUCGGCAAUUUCCAUCAUUACACGAGCAAAGAGCUUUGCCAUAAUAGCCAUUAUGAGCUGCCGUCCUACAUUCCUUUCACAACAUACGCUGGAUAGAAAAGAAUCGUAACAUUCUGUAAAACAUUAUGCAUAUGACGAUGGGUGACUCUCCUUUGAAUCGAUCCUAUGGAAAAACAUCGACCACCCUCUCACAGAAUUUAACGAGGGGGGAUACUGGCAUAUCGCAGAAAAAGGCAUUUAAUGAAGACCCACUGGAAAGCCGUCAUCAUGUGUAUUCUAAGAUUCAUUCUGGAGCCGUGGGCAGUCGCACAACUACCUUAUUCCUCAGUCGUGCCACCACUAAGAUCUCCAACAAAGAAAGAAAAACUUCCCAGUCAUACAGCGAUAGAAAACUGGAAAAAUCUUUCAAUAGAGCAGGUCAUGACUGGAACGACAAUGAGCCGCAUAGUGAGGAUAAAUUUGAGUCUGAAUUGGAAAGACUAGUUUCACAACAGUCUAUUGAACUGUCUUCUACCAGUUGCCAAAAAGAUCCAAAAGAUCCAAGCGAGACGCAGAAAGAAGAAUCAUGUCACACAUUGGCGCUAAGUAAUCAGGAUCUAUCAAUUAGUGAAAAUGCGAGUGUACCCACUCUAGCUCGAGAAUUUACGCGCAUGCUUACAUUUGCGGACACCACUCUUGAUAUUUCGGAUAUAAAAGGCAUACAACACAAUGACAAAAAACACUUAAAGGAAACCCAAGAAGAAAAACAAUAUACAAAAAUGUACACGGAAGCAUGCCAACUCCUGCGGGUGAUACCAGUAUCACAGGUGAUUCGUAAUAUGAUGGGGCCCGCCAUGGAACUACAGAGAUACUCCCUGGGACCGAGAGGCAUGAAAAGCGUGGUGAUAUCUCUCGUGAAUAAUGUACGCGUUACCCGCUUAAAUGCAGCAGAGAAUGAUCUAGGUGUCAAAGGUGCUGUAGCCAUAGCUGAACUCAUGCUUGAGAAUAACUACAUCACUGAACUGGUUCUCAGCAGUAACGAUAUCCGGUCAGAAGGAGCUAAGGCAAUUUGUGACGCAGUCAAAAGCCAUAGCAAGUUAAGGACGCUAAAUCUUUCUCAUAAUCAGCUUGGGGAUCAAGAUGCCUGCCACAUUGCCGGAAUUCUGCGGGGUAAAUGUACGCUCCAAGAACUUAACAUAUCAAACAAUCAGUUUAGAGAACAAGGCGGCAUAACAAUAGGAAAGGCUAUUGCUCUAAACGAUAAGCUGCAGACGUUGGAUUUAAGUUGGAAUCAUUUACGAGGAAAGGGUGGUGUUGGAAUAUGUAGAGGAUUGCAGGAAAACGUAGGCCUUCGCAAGUUAAACCUCUCCUGGAAUGGUCUUGGUAGGGAAGGAGGACAGUACCUUGCGCAUGCGCUAGCUUCAAACAGGACAUUGGAGCACCUAGAUGUUGCCAACAACCGCCUGUCAACCGAAGAUAUGGGAGUUUUACUCAAAGGUCUACAACAUAAUGAUUGCUUGCAAGUCUUAAAGAUUGGAGCCAACCCAUUUAGUAGUGAAAUGGCGUUUUCGUUGCUGCAGAUGGCACGGGUGUCUGACAUGCCUCUCCGAGAACUCGAUUUCAAGGAUAUACCAGUUUCCGUUAAUUUCCAAGCUCUUGCCACGCACUUGCACCAAGACCGGGGUUUGAAAGUGAGACACGGUGCUGUUAUACUGGGACGCAGUAGUAAACAGAAGCCAAAGAGAAAUAAUGAAAUGACGGCGAACCCCCUGAAAAUCUUCUUCACUCACUUAUCGAAGCAGGGGAUGAGGGUUAUUGAUCUGUACAAACGAUUUGAUACGGGAAAACGGGACCACCUUUACGUCACCAAACAACAGUUCCGAGACGGGAUUUCGAGCAUCAACAUCCCUUUGUUAUCAGGCGGGGUGGAACAAAUAGUUGAUAAGAUAGAGGCCAAGAAUGAGACAGUCGAUCUAGUCUUAUUGUUCGAAGAAGAAAAACAAUUCAGAAAGAAGCUGAUACAAAACCGAACACAAAAGCCUCCCAAACCGCCACCUUCGAAGCAACAACCAGGGAAAACCAGAAAACUCUCCACCCUCGAGAAACAAGACGAUAGCCCUCUUUCAGCAACAGGUCAAACUUCUUGACCGGAUUCCACAUGUAGGACGGCAUCGUUUAACCCAUUUGCUUUCACUGUUUUUAGACUUUUGGGCAAAAGUUGAUAUUACAGUGGCAAGUGCAUAUCAUGCAACACAUGUUUUAAAACUGCCCUUCAUGACUAGUGCCCCGGAUUGUUUUCCAUAUUUUAUGUCUAUCUAUAUAAUAAUUGGUAUCUUGUAUUAGAACAAAAACCAAAAAAUGUCGAACGACAGCUGCAUAUCUGUGAUAGAGAACAAAGGGGAUGCUAGUACAUGUCUUUAAUCAGUGCAAUGAUAAAAGCUGUUUAUAUAUAUGCUUCAGUUAAUAUUAUUUGCUUAAUUUGAGCGGAGUGAUAGUUGUUGUCAACAUUUAAUGUGUACCAGGCUGUAAACGUGUUUCAAUUCAGAAAGCAGUGAAGACUGUAGCACUUUGACCAUCAACUAAAAUGACUGUGAAGGCCAACUCAGUCUUCAAACGUUGUUACACAGAUUUUAAGAAUUAUUAUUUAAAACUGUUUUAAUACAUCUUUAUAUCCUGUUUUGUUAUACCAUAAUUUUUAAUGU